GCGGAUUGGUCCGUACAGCCUGUCCUUCAGCUGAGCGGAAGCAGCGGCACGCAGUCAGCCAGCAGCAGGCUGCUCGUACUAGCAGACAUGAACUCCUUGGAGCAGGCCGAAGAUCUGAAAGCUUUCGAGAGAAGACUGACAGAGUAUGUCUCCUGUUUGCAACCUGCAACAGGCAGGUGGAGAAUGAUUCUGAUAGUAGUGUCUGUUUGUACGGCUACUGGGGCUUGGAACUGGUUAAUAGAUCCCGACACACAGAAGGUCUCUUUCUUUUCAUCACUGUGGAAUCACCCCUUUUUCACCAUCAGCUGCGUCACUCUUAUAGCUCUCUUCUUCGCUGGGAUACACAAACGAGUUGUGGCACCAUCAAUUAUUGCUGCCCGCUGUCGGACAGUUUUAGCAGAAUACAACAUGUCCUGUGACGAUACGGGAAAACUUAUUCUCAAGCCUCGACCGAACAUCCAGUAACCACACUGCUCCUGUGGCAUGGACUUUGUCGAUGGCCACGGGUCACUCAGUGUCUCAAGUCCGUUGGGCGGUUUAAGCAGCACCGAGGGGAGCAGCACUGAGGCGGAUAUUGUCGUCGUGACGGGAAUGUAUUUUGGAAAUGAACAGUUUGGGCCUUUUUUUAAAAAAAAAAAAACAGUGCUGAUGCCACCAUCGAAGCUGCUGAUCUGCUCACAUAGUCUGAUAUGUUUUACUCAUGCAGUGUGAGUCCAGAUGUGUUUAUUUCUGUUUCUAAUGUUGAGCAUGUAUUUUAUCAAAGUGUUUCUAUUUUUAAAGUUAUUUACCUAAUAAAUACUCGAUUGUUGAAAAAAAAA